CGCCCACCCCCGGCCGCCAUGGCGGCGCCGGCAGAGGACAGCGCGGAGCCCGCGGGGCAGGAGCCGCGGCUGCGGGACACCCCCGAGGACAUCUGCUUCGAGGCGACCGCCAACGCCAUCGCCCUGCACCCGGCCCGGCCCCUGCUGGCGGCGGGGGACGUGGACGGCGACGUGUACCUGUACUCGUACUCCUGCACCGAGGGGGAGAACCGGCAGCUCUGGUCCUCGGGGCAUCACCUCAAGUCGUGCCGGGACGUGGCCUUCUCCCAGGACGGGCAGAAGCUUUUCACCGUGUCCAAGGACAAGGCCAUCCACAUCCUGACGGUGGAGGAGGGACGGCUGGAAACGCGCUUCCCCAAGGCACACAGCUCGCCCCUCAACUGCGUGCUGCCCAUCGAUGCCAACGUCUUUGCCACGGGCGAUGACAACGGGGCACUGAAGGUGUGGGACCUGCGCAAGGGGGAUGCGAUCUUGGAGGCCCGUCAGCAGGAGGAGUACAUCAGCGCCAUGGCUGUGGAUGGUAAUGGGAAGCUCCUGCUGACUGCCAGUGGUGACGGCACCCUGGGUGUCUUCAAUGUGAAGAGGCGUCGCUUUGAGCUGCUCUCAGAGCCACAGAACGGGGACCUGACGUCUGUCGCAUUGCUGAAGAGGGGGAGGAAGGUGGCGUGUGGCUCCAGCGAAGGCACCAUUUACCUCUUCAACUGGGACGGCUUCGGGGCUGCCAGCGACCGCUUCGCUCUGAGGGCCGAGUCCAUUGACUGCAUGGUCCCCAUCACAGACAGCAUCGUGUGCGUGGGGUCCCUGGACGGAGUCAUCAGGGCAGUGAACAUCCUGCCCAACCGUGUGCUGGGCUGCGUGGGGCAGCACCUCGGGGAGCCCAUCGAGCAGCUGGCGCUGGCACCGGGCGGGCAGCUCCUGGCCAGCUGCGCCCACGACCAGAAGGUGAAGUUUUGGGACGUGUCGGCGCUGGCGGGGCUGGUGGUGGACGACUACCGCAAGAAGAAGAAGAAGGGGGGGCCACUGCGGGCGCUCAGCGGGAAGGCGCUGGGCAGCGGGGAGGAUUUCUUCGCUGACCUGCGGGAUGAGCCUGAGCCAGAAGCGGCGGCCGGGAGCGACAGUGACAGCGAUGGCGGGGACUGAGGGGACGGGAGCGGAGGGUAAUGACUGAAGGUCCUUGGAAUGGGGGGGUCCAGGGAUGUGGGAAUGUGGCUAAGGGUCCCUGGUGGAAGGGUUUGGGGGUUCAUGAGUGAGGAUCCCUGGUGGAUGGAGGGGCUGGGUCUGAGAUGGGGGGGGGGGGGGGGGGGGGGGAACGGAUGGGGGUCUCUAGGGGGGAUCCAGCCCUGAGAAGGGAGUGGGGGGUGAGUAUAGGGAAGUUGGGGUUUGCUGGUGUAUUUGGGGGUCCUGGGAUGGGGGAGGAGGCAGGGCAUUGCUCAGGGGGCUGCGGGAUGAUGGGGUCCUGGGGUGCCUGGCCGAACGGGUCCAUCCCUUCCCCGAGGCCCUGCCUGGCCCUGGGGUGCCUGCAGUACUGUGCAAGGAGGUUAGUGUUAAUUACCUUUUGUUAAUUAAUUAACUUAUAGAUCAGCUCUAUUACAAAUAAACCCAGUGCCUUUCAGUUC